AUGAGUCAACUGGCUCUGGCGACUCCAGCUCAGCUGAGUCCAAAGGUCUGCUCAGCAUUUCCAGUGCCACCGCCAACACCCCUGCGGUCUGAGGACGCAGAGCCCCACCCCGGGGAGCCGGCCACACCGCCUCUGCUCGGGCACGGUGCACUGGGGUCUCCGGGAAGUAGAGGAGUGAAACCAGAAAAGCUAAGCCUUAUACUGUCAACUCGCAGGAGCAGGGAGAACAGCCACUGUUGCAGCCAGGGAACCUGGAAGGCUUGGAUCCUGAAACUAGGAGACCUCAGGUGUCUGAGGCUGCAGGCCCUGGAAGCUGGGGGAGGCACAGGGGAAGAACUCCUGCUUGAGCCACCCCCCUAUCAGCCUGUCCCACAAGCAGAACCUCAGGACAUUCCGGGGGAGGUGGAGGCAGCCCCACCCUGGGAGGCAGAAGGACACCCUCUCCAGACACGGAGGAGACUCCAAAGGGGGCAGCCAUGGCUGGUGGCAGACUCUACUGUCCUCCUCCGGCCCGUGAGGCCCCUCAAUGAAGCAGGGGACCAGCAGAUGCAGUAUUGGCCAUUUGCAACUAGCAACCUUUACAAUUGGAAGUUACAGACAGCUAAAUUUUCUGAAAAGCCUCAAGGUUUAAUUGAUUUGCUAGAGUCUGUUUUGUUCACCCACCAGCCCACUUGGGAUGAUAUUCAGCAGCUUUUGCAGGUCCUAUUCACCACUGAAGAAAGGGACCAGAUCCAGGUUGAAGCCCGCAAGCUGCUCCGUGAGGUGGAUGGGAAUCCUACCACCAAUCAGGCCCUGAUUGAUGAAGCCUUCCCCCUGGUUAGGGAAAAUUGGGACUUCAAUGUGGCUGAAGAACUUCUGGUGGUGGCUGAGAAAGUUUACAAUCACCGAGAGAGUCCCGAAGACAAACAGGCCCGGGUUGCCGCCACUGCCAGCGCCAAGCAGACCCACGACUUUGCCAAGAUUCUCCUGGCCACAUCGACCAGGUCCCCAGGUGAAAGAGAACACCAGCUGCAACACCUAUCUGCUGAACAAGCCUUCCCUUAGCCAAGGAUAGCCAGCCAUUCUUCACCUUUGAAUGGCAAGAUCUGGAGAUUGGCUUCAAUGGAAAACUGACCUGGACUCGCCUGCCUCAGGGAUUCAAAAGCUCACCCACUCUCUUCAAUGAGGCACUUCAUGAAGAUUAGGGUGAGUACAGGCUGGAACGCCCCCAGCUCACCCUAUUGCAGUAUGUAGAUGACAUCCUGAUAGCUGUUGAUGACGUGCUACUAUGUCAGCAAGGAACUAGGGAUUUGUUGGCGACUCUGGGCAGGCUAGGAUAUCGGGCAUCCACUAAGAAGGCACAAAUGUGUCAUCCAAAAAGUGAUUUAUCUAGGGUACAUUCUAAAGGAAGGACAAAGAUGGUGCACAGAUGCCAGGAAAGAAACGGUGCUGAAAAUUCCAGUUCCCAACUCCCGGAGAGCAGUGAGGGAGUUUCUGGGAUCAGCAGGGUUUUGCCGCCUCUGGA